CGACUCCUCCUAUUCUCCGCCCCUCGGGUGACAUCCCGGAAGUUCGGACAGCCAGCUGAGGCCUACAGAGGGCGGGAGAGAGAGAAGACAUGGAGCGGAGGAAGGCCGGAGCUGUGCGCGGAGCCCAGCGGGAGGAGAGCGCCAUCCCCCGGCCGGCCACCCCCUUCUUAGACUUCCCGUUUUUGCCCGGACACCCCCAGCUGACGGAGAGGGUAAGAAAGCGCCUGUACUAUGGCUGGGAGGUGGAGUGCCCCAUGGAGAACCUCUCCUCCCCCGUGGCCGACAUCGCCGUGGAGUUGCUUCAGAAAGCUGCUCCCAACCCCAUUCGUCGCCUGCAGAAGAAGUAUGCUGUUCAUGUAUCCAGGGAAGCUUGUAUCUCCCCCUGCUCCAUGAUGCUGGCUUUGGUUUACAUAGAAAGACUUCGCCACAGGAACCCGGAAUAUUUGCAGCAAAUUUCAUCAUCCGAUCUGUUUCUCAUAUCCAUGAUGGUUGCCAGUAAAUAUCUGUACGAUGAAGGUGAAGAGGAAGAGGUUUUUAAUGACGAAUGGGCAGCAGCUGGGAAACUGGAUGUCCAGGUGGUGAACACUAUGGAGAUGAAUUUCCUCCGGGCUAUCGACUGGGGACUCUACACACAUCCAGGGGAGUUCUUUGAAGUGCUGCGAUGGCUGGAGGGCAGGGUUGCAGAGCAGCAAGGUAUGAAGCGGGGCUGGUUCACUUACACAGACCUCUCGGUGCUUCUGGAACAGGACCUGUGGCAGAAAGUCUUCAAUGAUCUCUGCCAGCAAGUCACCAAGUUGGCCUGUAUACUUGGCCUGGUCUACUUAACCGGCGUUGCCACUUUAUUUGCUUCAGUUGCGGUCCUUCACAAAGCUACCUGGGAGAUAAACGGGACAAGGCUGCUUCCUUCCAUCACACAGCCAGCCCCAGAUUUGUCGGUACCUCUGCUGCUUUUUCCGGCUCCAACUGAAGAAAUCCCUUCUCCUCCAACCACUGUUCUUCCAUGUUCCUUAGAAGAAGAGAGCACAGAGAGAAAGUCAAGUGUCACGGCUACCGCGCUGUAUCUCUGGGGCUCUGUGCUGACCGCACUUACCUACAAGGACUCUGGCGGCACCGACGACGAGGAAUUACAACCUCCUGGCCGGCACUGCCCAUACUGCUCCAAACCAAAACCACCCAGCGCUCAGAAAAACGCCACACGCUGCACUUCCAACCAGCCAUUCGUUCGUGCCUUUCCUGGACUGGAUCUCUACAGCUUCCCUGACCCGCUAGUCUGUUCCAACUGCCCAAAUUCUUGCACUAUAAAAUAUCCUGAACAUCGCCAUGAAUCUGAGACUCCUCUGUCUGAUUCCUUGAAGAUUAAAACCUCUAUCGGUGCAGACACGAGCCUGGGCAGGCUGAAAACCUUACUGGUUCCAGGUUAGCCAACGUGGAGAAUUCGGCCCCCUUCGUGACGAAACUCGUAGUAGUCACGAUGGACGGUCGUUGUACGAUGCCGCAAAAAGUAAACUACGAUAGAUUGUAUUUUAUGCUAGUUCUUUCACCAAUUUCUGUAUUCACACACUUCUCUCUAUUCUUAUAUGAUGUAGAUGAAAUAGGAAUUCAUAUUUCAGGGUCAAGCAUAUGGCGUUUAGUAUUUUUGCUAAAUAGCAGCAGUGCAAAUUGGAGGUCAGCGCACUUUAUGUUGCAUGUUACAUUUUCAUUUAUAGGAUUUAUUUAAAAAAAAAAAAUGAAAGAUAUGCACAUGUAUAUGGGUGAUAACAAGAACACAAAAUCCCACCUGGACAAGUUUAAAAAAAAAAAAAGCUUUUAUAGUUUGUGAUGUUUCUUAUGUUAAGAAUGCAUAUAUGCAGAAUGAAUAGAGAGGUUUGUCCCCUACCAACAUGCUGCAGAGAAGGACUCUUGCUGUCGGUGUGGAAGCCUGAUGACCCCUGCUAGAGCUAGAGUUUUCCAAUCGGCAAAGCUCAUGUUUCCCUGCUGUUUGGAGAGUUCUAGCUCUGAUUUAGGAAGGCAGGAGGGAGAGAGACCACUGCUUCCACACAAAGCAAGGGUCUUUUAAUACAGAAUUCUGGCAGGGGGACAGGCUUCUCUACUCGGGCUUUGCCAGCUUUUUAAAGCAAACAAACUUACAAGUCUUUGCGCACUUUUUUUGUUUUGAUGCACCUAAAAUGUAUUUUGCUAGUUCAAACUGAAAGAUUAGUUGGAUGUUGGUGAUUUAUUUUAAUUUUUUUUUAUUAAUGGACCUGUAAACACUUUUUACAGCUUGGGGUUAUGUAAAAGAGAGAGAAUUUACAUUUUACAAAAAUGUGUAAAAAUGUUUAUUGCAAUGCAAGAUGAGCGAGAUGAAGUUCCCGUCCUAAGAGAUGUAUAUCUGUGGAUCACCGACUUUCUGCUCAUUCAUUUAUUUUAAUUUUUUUGUAAGUUUUAUUUUAUUAUCCCCACUUGUAGACACUGGUAAAAUGUAAUUGGUAAGUUAAUUUGAGGUGGUCUCACCUGCCUGAGCUGCUUUAUGUCUUUAAAAAAGAUUAUACAUGA